UUUAGCAGGCACAUGCGCACUGCUUCCGGUACGGAGGGGUCGGGUGAUUCCCGCCUUCGGUCGCUCCCUCAGGGAGGGCCGCUCCUCAGCGCCCGCCCCGUACGGGUACCGUCCCACGUAUUACCCGCUUUGCGCAUGGACAGAUUCGUGGUUAAACGUUCUGCUAAGGAACCUGGGGGUGAUGGCAAGAGGCCCCGGUUGGAGGAAGAGGCGGACGGCCUGCCCCAUCCCUCACAGCCCGGUCAGGAGAUCCGCGCCCAGGGCCUGAGCCUCGAGUACCGCCUCCUCUUCGGCCGGGCCGAGGCUGACGAGAUCUUCCAGCAGCUGGAAAAGGAGGUGGAGUACUUCGAAGGUGAACAGACGAAGUUGCACGUGUUUGGCAAGUGGCAUAAUAUCCCCAGGAAGCAGGUAACCUAUGGAGACCCCGAGUUAACGUACACUUACUCAGGUGUCACCUUUUCUCCUAAGCCGUGGAUCCCAGUUCUCAACCACAUCAGAGAUCGCCUUGUUUUGGAAACAGGACAUACUUUUAAUUUUGUUGUUAUUAACAGAUAUAAAGACGGUGAGGACCACAUAGGUGAACAUCGAGAUGAUGAGAAGGAGCUGGUUCCACGCAGCCCUAUUGCAUCAGUGACUUUUGGAGCCUGUAGAGACUUUGUUUUCAGGCACUGUGAUUCCAGGGGGAAGAAUGCAACACGGCACAUUAAGCCCAUCAGACUGCAGCUAGCCCAUGGCAGCCUGCUGAUGAUGAAGUACCCCACUAACGUGUACUGGUACCACAGCCUGCCCAUCCGCAGGAGAGUGCUUGCUCCAAGAAUCAACCUGACAUUUCGGAAAAUGAUGGUUGUUGACAAAAAAUGAGAUAGCAAUGAAGCACCUGGUCCAUAGACCCUGAAUACUGAAGUUUUCCUCCUCGAUAUAGCUGUCAGUUUCUCAAUCAAGCUGUGUUUGAUGAUCCAAGGCAUUAAACCAGAAGAUAGCGUGCUUGGUAACUUGCUAAUAAAUUCUGCAGCUACUGAUCUUAAAUGCCAGGAAUACUUUCAGUAAAUAGUUGCUGAUACACCACUUAUUAUCGUGUAAUACUCUUGUUUUGGUCAGGAUGAAAUUUGUUCUCACCUAAUCUUAAUUAUAGCCACUUUUUUAGAAAGUCCAAAAUAUUCUUCAUCCUUGAAAUAGUGAGAUAGUUUAUAAAUACCAUAAAGCGUGAGGUGUAAUCAUUUAGAGUGAGCCUGUAAGCUGAUGGUAUUCAAUGGGUGACACUUUCUUGGAUGGUCUAUCAAUGAGCUACAGCUUGCUUGGUUUUAUUUAAAUAAAACACAAAUGAGACUGACAUAAGAAGAUGAUUGCUAAGAUAUUUAUGCAGUGAGUGCAGUAUGUUUUAGUCACUCUUUUACCUCCUCUGCUUGCGUGGGUUUUUGUGGGCAGCAGUGUGGUGGGACAGAAAUACAUCAGAGGUACCUCUUCGUCACUCAGUCCUCUGUGCAGAAACCAGGGAGCAGAAGGUGACUUUCAGGGGAAUAUGUUUUAUACAGACAACACGGUGUGAAAAGCUAUCACUUCUGAGAGUACUUGUUUUUCUAAACAAU